AUGUCUUCUGAAAAUCUAUACAUAAAAAUUGUAGAAUAUUUAACCAACUUAAAAACUGAACAUAUUAUGGCGGCCUCAGUUAUUUAUCAAGGGUUGGAAGAUAAUCCAUGGAUUAACAAGGAUGAAUUAAGAGCUAGCCAAGUUAUUAGUGAUGAAUCAAGUAUAGUGGAACAUUUACCAGAAAAACUGCAAAAGAAAUUUAAGAAACUGGUCGAAGAUAUGGUACCUUCAACAUUCCCUUCAAAGAGUGAUGAAAAGCUAACAGAAGUUGCAAUGAAAAUUUUAGAUGUGUUAAAAAGUAUUUGGUAUAAUCCAGCUUUCAGUCCUGAAUAUUUCUUCUGUCAUAAUUAA